ACUUUAUACUCAUUAUAUUAGAACUUUUUCCACAACCUAAUUUUCCAAAAAUUCCAACUUCAUUUGUUGUUUGGUUUUUUUCUCAUAUUACAACAAAAAAACUUAGCAUCUUUAUAUUUUGUUUUUAUUCUUUUAUGCUGCUGAUUUGUCCGUUUUUUUAAUGUUGUUUUGUUUUUUGUUUUAUUAGUUUCCUUGUUAAAUUACAUUUUUAGAAUGUGCCACUGGCUAAUUAAAAAAAACACAUACGUACCGCAAAUGCCCCCCCACCACCACCACCACCACACUUUGGACAUUCCUGACUUUUUUUUCCUCAUAAAUUUACGACUUUAUUCUCGAAAUCUGGGAUUUGAAUGUGGCCCUAAUACUCCGUCGUACUUUCACAUAUUGCAAUUUCUUUUAAAAAUAAAUGUUUCAUUUAAUAUUUCAACUCUGUCUAAGUCAUACAUUUAUGGAAAAAAAGGUUUGUCUCUAGUAAAUAAAAUACAAUAGUUUAAGCAGCUGGGGUAGGCUCAAGCUCUCCCUGAACAGAACAACACAAAAGGUCAUUCACGAUCAUCCUAUCUGCAUUGCAAACCCAGCAUGUGUCCAACCAACAGUAUGUAGCGCUGCAAAUGUGCAAAUCAAGUAUAGCCUAAACAUUUUUGGAUGUACUUGACAAAGCGCACGCACACACACACAGCCCCCCCCCCCCCAACACACACACACACACACUUAUAUUUCUUUGGCGCGGUUGAAGUGGUAUUUUAAAAAAAUGCACAAAAUAAAUUCCUGUUCGAAGUAAACCGGCUGCAUUUUCAAACUACAACUCUGUCGCCUCCUUGUGGUCACAAUGUAAUAAUGCGCCACCAGGUGCAAACAAUAGCUGAUCACACGGACUCCGCUAAAGAGGCGACGAGGAGGACAACAGUACGUUUUUGUGACAACGCAGAGGCCUGCGUUGCCAUGGAGGACUGGAGCAGUCUCAACUUUAUCCCAAGUGGCCGUCAACUGCCCAGAACCCCGUCUCUCAUCCAAGUGAAGCAAGAGUUGGACUUUUGCAGCGAGGCUCCAGCUAGUGACCCACCCCUGACCCCCCAGGAGAUGACUGAGGGGGCCAGCGGGGAGCAGCUUGAUUCAAAGGUCAGCAGGACGGACGCAAAUUCAGGCGGUGCUGAUUACUCGGACCCCUUGUUGAACGGCAUGAAGGGGUAUCAGCUGACGCCAAACGACCUGGACUUCAUCAGGACGUUGAAAGAGGACAAACAAAGCAAGCUGCUGGAGGAACAGCUGAAGGCGUUGAAGAGGGAGGUGACCAGUGAGACGAUGGCCUUGGAGCUCGCGCUGGCCUCCAGGGAGAAAGCGCGAGCUGACCUUGAGAAGGUGAGCCGAGGUUGCUUGCUGUCCUUUCAAGUGACAUUGCAUCUCCAAAGUCACUCAGACAGUGGAACCUUCCAAGUCAAACACGCUGUGAUAAAUACUCUGAUACGCGUGCUGUCCUGCUUCAUGAUCAACGCCGCCUGUCAGUUCCCAACGUGCUCGGAGCUUGCAGAGCUUCUCAAGCUGGUGCUCCGAGUGGCGUCGCCCGUAGCGCAAGUGUCCGAGCUGGACGCCAGGUCGCUGCUGGCCAUGGUGACGACAGGAGACGUACAUGUGGCGCUGAGCGAGAAGAGGGAGGCCGUCAGUCAGCUGGAGAAGAUGGUUGCUAGCCAGAGAAAGAAGGACGACAAGGAGAGGAGACGGCAAGAGAAACAACUUGCCAGCAACCAGCUGCUCAUUCAGCGGCUGAUCAGUGACGUGUCCGAGCUCACGUCUCAACUGGCUCAGCGAGACGAGCUAAAGGACGGUGGCGGCGGCGCCUCAGAGGACGUGCAAGCGGCUGAAAGUCAUGUCAAGCAUCCAGAAAAGGCCAAGAGAAAGAUUGUUGCUCCAAAGACAAGUCAGCCAAUAAGCAGGAAGCCAGCAGACGAGGACAAAAGUAGCAGCAAGUCCAAGAAUAUCUCCUUAAAGUCCACAGUCGAGAAGACAACCAAAGCAUCCACUGGACAGCAGAUGUUGGAAGACGAGCCAGAACUUGUGGAGGGGACCCGAGGGAGGCGAAAACCUGCCGGAGCCUCGCAGGUGAAAAGUGGCAGAGCGGCAAAGAACUCUAAACUUGCGGAGGAGGAACCAAGCCUGGUUCUGAGACGGUCCAAGAGGAUCGCCAGCAGGAGAUGAUGCUGGACAGGGGCGCACUUUUGUUUGUUCCUGUUCGCCAAACCUGGAGGCACCUCCGAUACAUGUGGAGAAAGGCGAUCUUAUAUCCAGGCCGCGUCCGAGCAGACUGCUGGGAUCCGGGCCCAAGGAGAUGCGGUGAUGGAUCUAGUUCACCUUGGAAUAUCAAAGAACUUAUUCCAACUUAUCUUUUAAUUGCCUUCCUGCAUUCUUUUGUGGUCGAUAAAUAUCAGCUAUCUUAUAUCUCGUAACCGGAUCCCUAAAUCCAUCCAAGUUGAUUUUGGAACUCUUGCCCCCGUUGGUCCUCAAGCAAGUAAACCGGCUUUUAGGCUCCACGGUGCUGAUUGGUCCUAAUUCAGCCUCUGGAAACGCCAGCAAUCCUCCAUGACAAGUUCACCGGCGCUGACGUCCCGCUCUGUCAACACGGUGUGCAUAGGAGCCCCCUGCGUGUCUCCAGUGAGGCUCGAAGCGCCAGUAAAAACGGACUCUGCUGGCAAAGGAAGAGAGAGAACCCUCGCUUCAUCAAAGCAGCACAAACAGAUCCGAGCCAGCAGCAGAGACAACAGUCAUCCUCUAAUCCUUCAUUUCCUUUCUGGGUUGGCUUGUGUAGUUCUGUUGCUGUCACAGCCCCCCACCCACGCUGAAGUCCUUUAACGUUGACAAUCUGAGGAGAUUUCAUUGUCUUCAUGUUGAUGUUAGACAUAAAACCUGUCACAGCUGUUUGACCAGAAACGAGGCUUCCAUGAUCGGUUCUUUUUGACACACAGUAGAGCCCCGCUUUUCUCAGGGUUCCGAUUCAAACUUAGCAGCGCAUCGCAAAAAAACCCCGCAAGUCAUUGAGACGCCGUUAGAAAAUGAAAUAUUUGUUGUACAGUACACCACGCUUUUUGUAUGAUUCGUUUUGUGUGUUCGCGACAGUUUCGCCUCGGUUUUCGUACAGUAUUGCAUGUAACACGAUAGUAUGCUUUGUACGGUAUCGUUCACAAAAUCAAGUGCCGAAUCAAAACACCACACACGUUGUAGCAAUUUGAUAAAGAAGGUGAGAAACACUAUUGAUCUCGCCAGGACUCAACAAUAAGUUGCAUCCGUCCAUCAAUCCAUCCAUCUUCUACCGCGUAUCUAAGAUGGGGUCGCUGGGGUCGCCCCAGCUACUUCGUCCAGGCGUUCCCAGGCCAGCUGAGAGACAUAGUCUCUCCAACGGGUCCUGGGUCUUCCCCGAGGCCUCCUACUGCAAAAUGGUGCGCGCUCACAGACAGUGUCGCUGGCCACGUUGCAAAAACAUUCGUACAGGCAACUUCUGUGUCAAACUAAUGUCUUCCACUGGUGAACCGUACACUAUGCUUGAGUGCCAUCUAGCGGUCCAAAUGUGAAGUACACCUCUCACGACAAUGAAAAAAAUGAUCUCAAAAAGUGCUGUCGAUAAAAUCGAUUAUCAAUGAUAAUUUGUAGCACAAUUACCGACCAGCAAAAUUUGUUAUCAUGAGAGCCCUCGUCCCUAGUGUGCCUAAUCGCCCCCUUACAACCCACGAACAGUUAUUCUGUUCUGUUCAUUUGUCUUACAGUAGAUGAUGUCCUCCUCAUUCACUAUUCACACUAUCCAA